UCACAGCGCUGUAACUCGUGACUCUGAAAACAUCAUGGCAUGAGUUUCUGAACUCGAAUAUACGCUGAAAACAACAACAACAGCGGCGACACACAGACAUGUGGCGCAUCCAGAGCUUAGUCAGCAGAGUGUGGAGUCGCUCUGCUCCGCUGCGUCUCUCUCCGGCUCAUCAUGUGGAGGACGAGCUGCUGAACUCUUCUGUGCUGAGCGGCGGACGACACGCUUCUGACAGCAGCAGCUCUCAUACAGGUGAAGAUGAGCAGAAGAGGAGGCGCACAUCUCAGUUCUGCUCUGCUGGUGUGCCGAGAUACGGCGCUCUGGAUGCAGUGGGCUGGGGUGCCGCCGCGGUGCUCUUCAUGCAGCUCUGCCGCAGAGUUCACACUCAUCUGUCGUCUCCUGCGGAUCACAGCUCUGCGUCGACACACACCGGAGACCGCGCUCUCCUGAAGAAGUGCUCAUACACACUCCUGAUUGACAUCUUGUCGAGGCCGAGUGUUGUGUCGGUGAAGUGUCUGCGAGCGGAUCUGCAGACUCCAGAUCAGAGCGACAGCAGCAGCAGCAGCAGCGGCUUUACUGAGCAUCUUGAGGAAAACACUGAAGAAGAGCAGAGAUCAGACCUGCAGACUGAACACACUGAUCAUCACCUGCAGGAGGAGCCAGAGAGCAGCGCACACUACUGCGGUGAAACUCUGUCUCCUGAACAGCCCAAAGCGCAGGAGUGUGUGUCAGUAGACGCAGCGGCGCAGGAUUUGCGUGUGGUGGCGAAUGGCAGUGUUCCCAUAAUCCUCAACAUCAUUGGUCUGGAAAGCGCUAAAUCCGGACGCCUGGAAACGGCUUUCUCCUGCUUCCUGACAGCAGCGCAGCAUCACUACAGUAAAGCUCAGUUCAAUGUGGGAGUGUGUUACGAGAGAGGACGAGGAGUGCACAAAGACCUGCGCAAGGCUCUUCAUUACUACAGGCGUGCUGCAGCCGCUGGCCACCGUCAGGCGCAGUACCGCAGUGCUAAACUCCUACUGAACAGCAGAGGGCAGCAGAGGUCAGAGACGGACACUGAGACCGCACUGAAGCUGCUGUACGCUGCUGCAGACGCCGGACUCACUGAGGCUCAGGUGUUUCUGGCGGUGCUGCUGUCUCAGCGUGUGGACUGCGAUGAACAGGAGUGUGUGCAUUAUUUCCGGCUGGCGGCUGACAGUGGGGAUGCUGAUGCUCUGCUGUGUUUGGCUCAGUGUUAUGAGUCUGGUUUCGGUGUUUCUCCUUCUGUCCAAACGGCGGUCAGACUCUACCAGCAGGCAGUAGAUGCAGGAAACCAGCGGGCCAGAGACGCUCUCACACACACACACAACACUGACGUGUUGCGCUCCAUUCGCUCCGCCCCAUGCUUCUCUCUGAUUGGUCAGCUGAAUCUGAACUCCAUGUUUCCACUGGAGAGCCGAGAUGAGAAACCCCGCCCACAAUCUCAGCCGCUUCCUCAUUCGUGGAGCACUGGAAGUCUGAGUCUGCAUCCACCAAUCACACUUCAGAUGCUAAACACUGACAGCGGACGCACGGUUUGGACACUUGGGGUGCGGUGAUGCACUUAACAACCACAGAUUCAUCUCUCAAUAUCUACUUACAUCUUUAAAAUGUGAUAUUUCAUCUAAAAACAGAAGCGGUCGCACAAAUAAAUAACUAUUAUUGAGUCACCUGACACAUGAAUGUUCACCGCCAGUCACAGAAGAGCGUGAGGGAUAGGAGCUCAGUGAUUGGCUGAUCAUUAUGUUAUUGUUUAUCCAUUGGAUGUGAAGCUAUUCUUUACUUUUAGUCAAUUUAAAUGUGUUUUCUGGAAGCGGGAGUCAUUUAAAAGUGUCUGGAUUUGUAUUCAUGUGUGUUUGGUUGUGGAAAGAAAACCAUGAGAUUGUGAAUGAGUGUUUUUAUUGAGUGUAGAGAAAGUGAUGGGCAACAGUAAGAGUAUCUUUAUAUGUUUCUGACAGUCAGGUUGUGUUAUUUUGUAUGUUUUGGGUGAGUUUAAACCUUGUUUGCAUGUUUGUAUUAAAACGGGAAGCUCACAUAUUCAUUUACAUACAGAAUUAAUGGCAAAAGUGUUUAAAUAUGCAUGUGCCAAAGUUUAAUGAACAUAAGUGCCUUAAAUAAAGCUGUAUAUGUUUAAUUAGUGAAUAAGAAAACAGCAUUUAAUUGCAUCAGUGUCGUCUGCUUUUUCCUGCUGCAGUGGUUCUAGAAGUAUUAUAUUUCUCAUUCAUUUUCCCAUAGGGAUUAAACAAAUCCUGGUUCUAGUCAGGAACUGUCUUAUAAAACAAUCAUUAACAGCAUUAUAAACUUUAGUUUGAAGCACAGAAGUGUAUGAAAAUCAGACAAAGAUACGAGACGGAGAACUUAAUGUAUUUAAUGAGGGAUAUAACUACAAUCCCAUGAUGCAUUGCACAUGACACAGUCCAUUUAAAAGCAACAUAAAAAUCUAAAACUGUUAAUGUUGUUUGAUGUGUGAGUGCAUUUAUUUUGCAAGUUUCUCAAUCUCAAUUGGCUGCUUUGCUCACUGCAACUCUGAUUGGUGGAAUUGUUUGCACAGCAUCUUGGGUAAUGUAGUUUUCUGCACUGCAUCUGCACAGGACCGUGGGUAAUGUUGUUUUCUGCACAGCAUCUUGGGUAUUGUAGUUUUCUGCACAGGAUUAUGAGUAAUGUGGUUUUCUGCACAGGAUUGUGGGUAAUGUGGUUUUCUGCACAGCAUCUUGGGUAUUGUAGUUUUCUGCACAGGAUUAUGAGUAAUGUGGUUUUCUGCACAGCAUCUUGGGUAUUGUGGUUUUCUGCACAGGAUUGUGGGUAAUGUGGUUUUCUGCAGAGCACUGUGGGUAAUGUGGUUUUCUACACUGCAUCUUGGGUAAUGUGGUUUUCUGCACAGAAUCUUGGGUAAUGUAGUCUUCUUGCACUGCAUCAUGGGUAAUGUAGUUUUCUGCUCUGCAUCAUGGGUAACGUAGUUUUCUUCACUGCAUCUUGGGUAAUGUAGUUUUCUGCACAGCAUCUUGGGUAAUGUAGUUUUCUGCUCUGCAUCUUGGGUAUGGUAGUUUUCUGCACGGCAUCUUGGGUAAUGUAGUUUUCUGCACAGUAUCUUUGGUAAUGUAGUUUUCUGCACAGGAUUUUGGAUGAUGUAGUUUUCUGCACAGCAUCUUGGAUGAUGUAGUUUUUUGCACAGAAUCUUGGGUAAUGUAGUUUUCUGCACAGCAUCUUGGGAAAUGUAGUUUUCCUCACCACAUCUUUGGUAAUGUAGUUUUCUGUACAGCAUCUUGGAUGAUGUAGUUUUCUGCACGGCAUCUUGGGUAAUGUAGUUUUCUGCACAGCAUCUUGGGUAAUGUAGUUUUCUUCACCACAUCUUUGGUAACGUAGUUUUCUGCACAGGAUCUUGGGAAAUGUAGUUUUCUGCACAGCAUCUUGGGAAAUGUAGUUUUCUGCACAGCAUCUUGGGUAAUGUAGCUAUCUGCACCACAUCUUUGGUAAUGUAGUUUUCUGCACAGGAUCUUGGGAUAUGUAGUUUUCUGCACAGCAUCUUGGAUGAUGUAGUUUUUUUCACAGCAUCUGUUCAGUUGAAUUAAUACAGAAUUAUUGUUGAACAGAAAAUCCGCCUCCCUAUGGAGAAAAUGAAUGGGGUUUUUACUUCAGGAACUGACUUGUUUGUCUUUAUUUGUUAAUCAACACUAUGAGCUUUCUGUCAUUUCAGCACUGUGAAAACUAUAAUAAAGACUUAUAUUUUCAUCCGUU